UUUUAAUUACAGCAUUUAGAUUAAGGCUAAAGAGAAUUGUUUCUUCGAUGGCAAGAUGUCUUCUUAUCUUAAGGCCAAGCCUUCCCAUUGAAAACCCCUCAUAUUCAGCCAUAGCAUUUCUUAUUUUAGCAGUUUUGUGUGUAGUUUCAAUCACAACAUUCCUUUGUGCAUCAAAUAAGAAGAGGGGAUUCGAAAAGAAGGAAGAAAGCAACAUGUCAAGUGAAAGGAAGCUGCUGUCGAAGAUAAAUAGCAACCUUGGAAGUAAAGCUCAGCUGAUGGUGAAGCUGAUUUCUUGGAGAAAAGUGCAGGCUGAGGACGAAGGAGGAGGUUAUGGUGUAAGUGAUGAAGCUGUAUGGAGGAAGACAAUCAUAAUGGGAGAACGGUGUCGUCCGUUGGAUUUUUCAGGGAAGAUUUUAUACGACUCUAAAGGAAAUCUUUUACCUGCAGCCGAUCAAUCAGCUCCACAAGACACGAAUAAUAAUGUAAUUCCUUCGGAAAAAAGAAAGAAAGAAUAUAUAAUAUAAAUUAAUCUUUUUGUUUUUCUCUUUCA